AUGGCGAUAGCAACUCGUUCAAGCUCAACCAGCCCCGUCAAGAAACCCCGUGAAGACACCGCAACCGCCUGCGCCAAUCCACAACGGGAACCCUUGAAGCAUUUCAUCCUCCCAAAAGACAUAUCCCAUGAGGCACGCUUCCUUUUCUUGCGGCAUCCCCGUGAUGGAGCUGCACAAAGAUUCUUGUUCUGUCCCGAACAGGGGCUGUUCCACUUCACCAGAAUCAGUACGCCCACGACAGACCCUCGAAGUCUUCUUUUCACACCAUGUGAUCCUCGAGCCCACGAGACCAAUCCCACAGGGCCAGGAGAUGAGGGUCAAGCAGGGCUAUUAUUGAGCGAGGGCUACACCAGCAAAAAUCCAGACAUUUAUGUGGCAGCACCAUUUGACGUGGCCUUUAUACUUGCACCUCUUAUCUUGCCGGCAAAUCCAACCUCAGCGAAAGCUUUGUUCCAGCCGAUUGAUGAUCUCUUCGAGCAGCGAUUACAGGAUGAUAAAGAACUGCGCUAUUUAAUGACACACGGACGACCUGUGGUAGAGGACGCCAUGUCCAUGUUGUGUGAUACUAUUGAAGCGGGUGGCGAGCAAAUGUAUAGACCGAGCGAAGAGAAGACUGCACGUAUGAUCGUCGAGAAGGUGAAGAACGCUGACAGCAGAGGUCUACCACCUAGCCUGCUGGAAAAUUUUGUCAAAAGAGCAUUGGAAGCACCCAUACUUAGCGUGAAGAGGGAGCAGACGCUUUCAACCACAGAGACAGUGGCCCAAUCAAUAGACGGAGAUGACCCUGCACAAGAUAGCUUGGACUCUCAAUCUUCAACCGCCAGCACAGCACAAUGUACGGUCUUCUCGGAAGUCUCGGUCACGAGCUCGAUCAGCACUGCCGUUUGUGAGCCAAUGUCAACGGAGCUUUUCGAGCUGCAGAAACAGCGGGUCGUCUUAGACUUCAUCCUCACGUCGUAUCUGCCACCACCGGUCGCGGAACGCCUAAGGGCUCGAUUUGAUUCGCGGGAUUCUCUAAUCGACUUUUCUGCCUUGAAGGGCCAUCUCAGACAUUUGGAUAGUCUUAAAGCCGAGGCCCUAGCGUCCAGAUCGAUGACGGAUUUCAGCAGGAAACGGGGAUUGGAAGAUGACGAAGCGCUCGAGAUGAGAGCGGAAAAGAAGCGCAAGCAGGAGGAGGAGGACAGGAAGAAAAAGCUGGGACUGUCAAAAGGAGUACGAGAACUAAAGAAGGUCAAUGUUUCAGGAAUGAAGAAGAUGAGUGACUUCUUUGCGAAGAAACCGGUCACAACCGUCCCUUAA